AAUAUUUUGUAGAUAAUUUAUUAAAGAUUAGUGUUACUAAACUUGUUACUAAUUUAGAAAAAAAUAAUUUUGAGGAAAUUUAUAAGAAUGUGGAAGGUGAUCAUGACUGGAAAUUUAUUAUUAGUUAUGAUAUUGAUAAUAUUAGAUCUUCAACCAUAAUUUCAAUAGAUAACAAUGAGGCAAUUUAUUUAGUUAACUCUCGUGAUAAUGAAUUCAAUGCUAUUUUUAAAUUAGAUAUAAAUAGUAAACUUCAAUUAAUAGCAAAACCACCAAAUCAGAAAGCAGAUAUUAAUAAAAUUCUCUUUCAUCCCAAAACAAAAAAUCCUAUUGCAUAUUCUGUCACUUAUCUUAAAGGUGAACUCGACAUGCUUUCUCAAUCAUUAGAUAAUUUAAUUUUGACUGUAUCUUUUCAAAAUGUAAUUAAAUCAAGAGACAAUCUAGAUUUAGUUUGCUACCUUACUCUUCCAGCUGAAAAACAUGAUCCUUUAACAGAAUAUAUGCUGAAAAAUCCUUUACCAUUAAUUUUACAAGUUCAUGGUAGUCUCUGGACUCGUAACUAUUAUAUUUUUAAGGCUGAUUCUCAAUUAUUUGCAAAUCGUGGUUAUGCUAUAUUAAAUUUAAAUUAUAAUUCUUCUAUUGGACUUGGUACAAUUUAUGGAGGAAGUUAUGGUGGAUUUGCUAUAUUAGCUGGGCUUGCCUUUACUGAUAAGAAAGAAGAGAAUUUUAGUUUUGUAUAUGGUGUUGAAUUUUCUGGACCUGCAAAUCUUUUCAAACUAGUCAGGACCAUCCCACCGUACUGGAUAUCUUCGUAUGAUGAAUUUGUAUACCAUUUAGGUAGUAAUCCAAAUACAAAGGAAGAAAA